AGUUGCCUGGGAAUUUCACUGAGAAUGGAAAUAAGAGUCGAUAUGGGUGAUCCAAAAGCAAAAACAUGCAAGGUCUACAAGUUAGUACUCACUGGUGGUCCUUGCGGCGGCAAGACAACUGGGCAGGAUCGCCUUGCCACAUUUUUUGAAAACAUCGGUUGGAAAGUGUUCACGGUACCAGAAACGGCAACAAUUCUAUUAGGAGGACGUGUGAAGUUUGCAGAGCUCAAUUACGAGCAAACAUAUCUUUUUCAAAAGGAUUUGCUGAAGACGAUGCUACAAAUCGAAGAUACAUACUUCCAUCAGGCAGAGAGUACAACAGAUCGCAAUGUACUCGUUAUUUGCGAUCGUGGUGGAAUGGAUCCAUCGGCUUACAUCGAUCGUGAGUCAUGGCUUCGAAUUCUAUCCGAAGUAGGAGUCGAUGAAUUCGAUCUUCUCAACAAACGUUACGACCAGGUGGUUCACUUAGUCACUGCUGCUGAUGGUGCCGAAUCGUAUUACACAUUGUGUAAUAAUUCCAUAAGAAAAGAGGAUGUGGAACUAGCGAGAGAAAUGGAUCAGAAUACUAGAAAGGUUUGGCUAGGUCAUCCAUACUUUGAUAUUGUCGACAACACUGAAUGUAUUAAAUUUGAGGACAAAGUGCUCAAAGUCAUUCAGCGUAAGUGGCUGGUGAGGAGCAUCGACAACUCCCGAUUCGUCAAAUACGAGCAGUUCAAUAUUAACCAUGAAUAUCUGCUGACAUACGACUCUGAAUCUCAGGUUUGUUAUGGUUUCUUCUUUCGUGCUUACAUGAUGUACUUCCUCGGUUACUUGGAUAGCCCGUCUCCACUGAUCACGUUCCGCGAGUAUAAACGUUAUCAAACCAUGAAGGACAAAACUCGUGCCUCUCUACAUAAGCAAAGACGGUGUUUCAUGGUUGGAAAUCAGUAUUUUAACCUCGAUAUCUACACUGUCAUUCCACCAUCUGCGAUCUCAUUGCAACUGGACAAUCGUCUGAUUUUCCUUGAAACGUACACCACUAUUCCAGUAGGACAAUCAGUGCAACUACCUGAUUUCUUGGAAAUUGAAAAGGAAGUCACAGGACAAUUGGCGUACAGCAUGUAUUCGAUGUCCAAAAUACCGAAUGUCGGUGGAGAAAACGAAGAAUUCCAUGGAGCCCAUAAAUAUAUAGAUGAUUGA